AAUCAUCAGCAAGAAAAAAAAAAAGAACGACAAUGUCUCUAAAAAAAAAAGAGAGAAGAGACACAUAGAGGGCUUAUACUUUCUUCUUCGAGCAGAUUUGAAAAUUUUUUCUUGAAGAGGGUUUAGCUUCUCAACCUUUUGGAUUCGAUCGAGAAGCCGUGCUUUGUUGAUAUUUUCUUUGUAUUUGCUUUGGGAGCUGCAGAGUUCGUCCGCAGUCGAGGAAGUUAGACACAUUUAUUCAUCGCCACCGUUUGGAGUGGAUGAUCGUCUGUUAUUACACGUAGAUCCGGUGGCGAGCAAAGAGUUUCUGAGCCGAUAAAUCUCCGGCGGAAAUGGCUUGCUCCACCACUACAAUUGGCGCUUUUGUCUGGGUAGAAGAUCCGGAAGUGGCAUGGAUUGAUGGUGAAGUUAUCGAGGUUAAAGGAGAAGAUAUAAAGGUCCAGUGUACCUCCGGGAAGACGGUCGUUGUUAAAGCUUCAAAAGCAUACCCGAAAGAUGUUGAAGCUCCACCUUCUGGAGUGGACGAUAUGACAAGGCUAGCGUAUUUGCAUGAACCGGGUGUACUUCAAAAUCUGAAAGCAAGAUAUGAUAUAAACGAGAUAUAUACUUACACAGGGAACAUUUUGAUCGCUGUGAACCCUUUUAGAAAACUACCCCAUCUGUACAAUAGCCAUAUGAUGGCACAGUAUAAAGGUGCAGCAUUUGGAGAAUUGAGCCCCCACCCUUUUGCAGUAGCAGAUGCAUCCUACAGACAAAUGAUACACGAGGGAAUAAGUCAAUCAAUCUUGGUCAGUGGAGAAAGUGGCGCGGGUAAAACAGAAAGUACUAAGUUACUCAUGAGAUAUCUUGCAUACAUGGGAGGGAGAGCUGUUUCUGAAGGAAGGACAGUUGAGCAGCAGGUUUUGGAGUCCAAUCCUGUUCUAGAAGCAUUUGGAAAUGCAAAGACCGUCAGAAACAACAAUUCAAGUCGAUUUGGUAAAUUCGUAGAGAUUCAGUUUGACCAGGGCGGAAGGAUAUCAGGAGCUGCUAUCAGGACUUAUUUGUUGGAGAGAUCACGGGUUUGUCAGGUGUCAGAUCCUGAAAGAAACUAUCACUGUUUCUACAUGCUUUGUGCUGCACCACCAGAGGAAGUAAAAAAACUGAAAUUGGCAGAUCCAAGAACAUUUCAUUAUCUGAAUCAGUCUAACUGCAUUGAGUUGGAUGGGUUAGAUGAUUCUAAGGAAUAUCUUGAAACGCGAAAGGCAAUGGAUGUUGUUGGGAUAAGUUCAGAGGAGCAGGAUGCAAUUUUCCGAGUUGUUGCCGCUAUUCUCCAUCUUGGGAAUAUUGAAUUUACAAAAGGAAAAGAAACAGACUCGUCGGUUCCAAAAGAUGAAAAAUCGAAGUUCCAUCUGAAGACUGCAGCUGAGCUUUUCAUGUGUGAUGAGAAAGCACUGGAAGAUUCUCUUUGCAAACGUGUGAUUGUGACACGUGAUGAAACCAUUACCAAAUGUUUGGAUCCAGAUUCUGCGGUGCUCAGCAGAGAUGCAUUGGCAAAAAUUGUUUACUCAAGAGUGUUUGAUUGGAUUGUGGACAAGAUCAAUAGUUCAAUUGGCCAAGAUCCUGAUUCAAAGUACUUGAUUGGUGUCCUAGAUAUCUAUGGAUUUGAGAGUUUCAAGACGAACAGUUUUGAGCAGUUUUGCAUCAACUUGACGAAUGAGAAACUUCAGCAACAUUUUAAUCAGCAUGUCUUCAAAAUGGAACAAGAAGAGUAUAAAAAGGAAGAAAUUGACUGGAGCUACAUUGAGUUCGUAGAUAAUCAAGAUGUUUUGGACCUUAUUGAGAAGAAACCUGGUGGUAUCAUUGCUCUCUUAGAUGAAGCUUGUAUGUUCCCAAGAUCAACACAUGAAACAUUUGCUCAGAAGUUGUACCAAACAUUCAAAAAUCAUAAGCGAUUUAGCAAGCCGAAAUUAGCUCGUAGUGACUUCACAAUUGACCAUUAUGCUGGUGAUGUCACUUAUCAGACUGAACAGUUUCUGGACAAGAACAAGGAUUAUGUUGUUGCUGAGCAUCAGGCAUUGCUAAGUGCUUCUAGAUGCACCUUCGUUGCAGGUCUCUUUCCUCUUUUGGCGGAGGAUUCUAACAAACAGUCAAAGUUCUCUUCUAUAGGUUCGCGAUUUAAGCAACAAUUGGUAUCAUUGCUUGAAACUCUCAGUUCUACUGAGCCUCACUAUAUUCGUUGUGUGAAGCCCAACAAUCUUCUCAAACCUUCAAUCUUUGAGAACCAAAAUGUUCUACAACAGCUACGUUGUGGGGGUGUGAUGGAGGCAAUUAGGAUUAGCUGUGCUGGAUAUCCCACCAGGAAACAUUUUGAUGAAUUCCUCGACAGAUUUGGUAUCCUUGCUCCUGAAGUUUUGGAUAAAAGUUCUGAUGAGAUAGCUGGCUGCAAGAAGCUUCUGGAGCAGGUUGGACUCCAAGGUUACCAGAUUGGUAAGACAAAAGUUUUCCUCAGGGCAGGGCAGAUGGCUGACUUAGAUGCUCGGAGGACUGAGGUCCUAGGAAGAUCAGCCAGCAUCAUCCAGAGGAAAGUCCGUUCUUAUUUGUCCCGCAAAAGCUUUAUUAUGCUUCGCAAGGCUGCGUCAAAUAUUCAGGCUGUAUGCAGAGGACAACUUGCUCGGCACAUCUUUGAGAGCUUGCGCAAAGAAGCUGCUGCUUUGAGGAUCCAGAAAGCUUUGCGGAUGCACCUUGCUCGGAAGUCUUACAAAGAAAUUUAUUUUGCAGCUGUUUCUGUUCAAUCAGGUAUGCGUGGAAUGGUUGCCCGUGACAAGCUACGCUCCAGAAGGCAGACCAAGGCGGCAAUUAAGAUUCAGAGCCAUUGCCGUAGAUUCUUGGCUCAGUCGCGUUAUAAGAGGCUGAAGAAAGCAGCAAUCGUGACACAAUGUGCAUGGAGAGUGAGGUUAGCUCGAAAAGAACUGCGGAAGCUUAAGAUGGCUGCAAGGGAGACAGGAGCUCUUCAAGCCGCGAAGAAUAAGCUUGAGAAGCAGGUGGAAGAACUCACAUGGAGAUUACAGCUUGAGAAACGCAUGAGGACUGACAUGGAAGAAGCUAAAACACAAGAAAAUGCAAAACUGCAAUCAGCAUUGGAGGAAAUGCAAACUCAGUUCAAGGAAACUAAAGUAUCUCUCUUGAAGGAACUGGAAGCUGCCAAAAAGGCAGCAGAAGUCUCCCCUGUGGUCCAGGAGGUUACUGUAGUUGACCAAGAACUAGUGAAGAAACUUACAACUGAAAACGAAGAACUCAAGUCCCUUGUGAGUUCAUUGGAGCAGAAGAUUGAUGAAACUGAGAAAAAAUUCGAGGAGACAAGUAGAAUCAGUGUGGAGAGGCAAAAGCAGGCUCUAGAAGCUGAAACAAAAAUUGUCAACUUGAAGACCGCCAUGCACAAACUCGAAGAAAAAAUUUUGGACAUGGAAUCUGAAAACCAGAUUUUGAGGCAGCAGUCCCUCUUAAGUGCACCAAUUAAGACAUCAUCUGGACAUCUUCCUCCUUCUCCUGUUAAGAGCUUGGAAAAUGGUCACCAUCCUAGUGAAGAGAAUCGUCUUGAUGGCACUGAGCCUGCAACACCAGCAAGGAGGCAAGGAACAGAAUCUGAUGCCAAGCCUAGAAGAUCCCAUAUUGAUCGUCAACAUGAGGAUGUCGAUGCUCUUAUCAACUGUGUGAUAAAAGAUAUUGGAUUCAGCCACGGGAAACCUGUAGCCGCAUUUACUAUAUACAAAUGUCUGCUUCACUGGAAAUCAUUUGAAGCGGAAAGGACGAAUGUGUUUGAUCGUCUUGUCCAAAUGAUUGGUUCUGCUAUUGAGAAUGAAGAUGAUAAUGCUCAUUUGGCAUAUUGGUUAUCCAAUACUUCGACCUUACUCUUCAUGCUUCAACAAAGUCUGAAAGCUGCUGGUGCAACUGCGACAACACAUCGAAAGCCACCUAUCUCCACCUCCUUGUUUGGAAGAAUGGCCUUGGGUUUCCGUUCAUCCCCUUCUUCAGCAAAUCUUGCUGCAGCAGCAGCUUCUGCAGCGGCUGCAGUGAUUCGGCCCGUUGAUGCAAAGUAUCCAGCUUUGCUUUUCAAGCAGCAGCUUGCAGCAUAUGUAGAAAAAAUUUAUGGAAUAAUUCGGGAUAACCUGAAAAGGGAGUUGCAAACUUUGCUUUCGCUAUGCAUCCAGGCACCACGAACGUCCAAGGGAAGUGUGUUACGAUCUGGAAGGUCAUUUGGCAAGGAUUCUCCUUUAAACCACUGGCAGGGAAUCAUUGAAGGCCUAAAUGCACUUCUGAACACACUACAAGAAAACUUUGUUCCUCCAGUGCUUAUCCAGAAGAUAUUUACUCAGACUUUCUCAUACAUCAAUGUGCAAUUAUUUAACAGUCUUCUCCUACGGCGAGAAUGUUGUACAUUUAGCAAUGGUGAAUAUGUAAAAUCUGGGUUGGCGGAGUUAGAGUUAUGGUGCGUCCAAGCAAAAGAAGAGUAUGCAGGCUCAUCCUGGGACGAACUUAAACAUAUCAGACAGGCUGUUGGAUUCUUGGUCAUCCAUCAGAAAUACAGAAUCUCGUAUGAUGAGAUAGCAAAUGAUUUGUGUCCGAUCCUUAGCGUCCAGCAACUUUACAGAAUAUGCACACUGUACUGGGAUGACAGCUAUAACACAAGAAGUGUAUCCCAAGAUGUCAUUUCAAGCAUGAGGGUACUUAUGACAGAGGAUUCGAACAAUGCUGAUAGCAGUGCCUUCUUGUUAGAUGAUGAUUCCAGCAUUCCCUUCUCCGUUGAUGACCUAUCUAGUGCAAUUCAAGAGAAGGACUUUGCUGAAGUGAAAGCCGCAGACGAACUCCAAGAGAAUCCAGCUUUCAGUUUCUUGCUAUAAUGGUCAGAUACCAGAUGAAUUUGCAGAUGGAGAAUGUUCCCACCUUCAGUUUUAUGUCAAAAGGUGGAGUGCCCUUCAAAGGCGAAAGGAACAAAAAAAAACAAGAACAUCUCACCGGAAAAUCACCAAAUCCAUUGUUCAUCCCUCCCCAUUUUCGUAAGAAUUUCUUAUUCUCCGAUUCGUUUAUUGUUUUGAUUGUCUCUGUUGGUCCCAGAAAUUUUCAUGAAGUUUGUAGUUUUUGCUGGGAGAAAAAGAAAAGGGGAGAGGAUCUUUAUACAUAUGGUUGUUCUUUGUUGGUGUGCAGUGUCUUUUUUUCUUUUUUACCCUUUCUAUUUACUUUCAAAUCAAACUACAACAUUUAUGUUCUUGGUGGCUUUAAAUUCUUCUGUUUCUGGUUCAUAUUGUUAUAGCAAAUUUUGUGUUUGGGACACACCGUAUAGAUGGGGGUCUAUGGAGUUGUGUUCCCACCCACCCCUUCAUGUGUUGUUUUUUUUUUUUUUGAUUUUGUACAGAUAGAAACAAGUUUGUUUGGAAAAAAAAAUUCUCUACA